GUUCGAUAUACUACCGCUGGGAAUCAACUUGUAUGUGGCAACGUAUUCCUGACGGCCACGUAAGCGCCCAAGGACAGAAUCGAACGCCUGCACAGGAUGAUCCGGUACCAUCAACCGUCUUACAUUCGAUUGAUACGUUGAGCGGUACGGACGUAUCAAGUCGAUCGUAUCGCCGUGAAGCGUAUCCUGAUUGAACCGUACUACAACCCCAGCUUGUGAGCCAAUCAUAAAGCGUUUCCGUUGAGAAAGGUUAAGCUUUCGAUGCGCUUGUUUUAUCCCCGGGAUCGUAGUGAUUGGAUAUUUUCCACCGUGUACGUGUGCAUGUUUCGUGCAACAAUCUUCUGACGCUGCUGGAACUAUAUACGGUGAAGUUCGAACCAGAACAGUCAAAACUUACGAUCGACUUGUUGGUGAGGGUAGUGUGUAAGAGAGAAAAAAAACCAAGCAAACGAAAAAAAAAUCGACGUAAAAUCGAACUAUUUCACUUUCGCGAUCCUUUUCCGCCUGUUGGAAAAAAAUAAAGCAAAGAAUGUGUAAAGUUUGUGUUUCGGUGGUUCGUUUCUCGUAAGGAUUUUGGGCUUGAAUGGUGUUACGGUGCGAAUAGCAACGAAAGAAGACAACUUUCAGAACGCAAAUCGAACACAUUUUCAGUGUUCUUGCUAGCUUGUGGGACAGCUCGGAACCGUUGUGUUUAGUGGUGAAGUAAAGUAAAGCAUUUCAAAAUGCAAGUCCAACCGACCAAAUAUGUCGGCCUGGUGGCUGACCUUAUGCCGAACAUUCGGCUCAUGCAGGCAAGCGGCCAUUUCCUGUUCCGCUACGUCACCGGCCCGAUCCUGAUCCGGAAGGUGUACUCCUGGUGGACACUCAUCAUGGUGCUGAUGCAGUUCUUCGCCAUCCUCGGCAAUCUUGCGUCGAACGCGGACGACGUAAAUGAACUGACUGCCAACACGAUCACGACACUGUUCUUCACACACUCGGUCACGAAGUUCAUCUACUUUGCGGUCAAUUCGGAGAACUUUUACCGCACGCUCGGCAUCUGGAAUCAGACCAACUCGCAUCCACUGUUCGCGGAAUCGGACGCUCGCUACCACUCGAUCGCACUUGCCAAGAUGCGGAAGCUACUCGUCCUUGUAAUGGCCACCACAAUCCUGUCGGUCGUAGCCUGGGUUACGAUAACGUUUUUCGGCGAGAGCGUCCAAAAUGUGUUCGAUAAGGAAACGAACGAGACGUACAAGGUGGUGAUACCACGGCUGCCCAUCAAGUCCUGGUAUCCGUGGAAUGCAAUGAGCGGACCGGCGUACAUUUUCUCUUUCAUCUACCAGAUUUACUUCCUGCUGUUUUCGAUGGUCCAAAGCAAUCUGGCGGAUGUGAUGUUCUGUUCCUGGUUGCUGUUGGCCUGUGAGCAGCUGCAACACUUGAAGGGCAUUAUGCGACCCCUGAUGGAGCUUUCUGCCUCACUGGAUACCUACCGGCCCAACUCGGCGGCACUGUUCCGCGCAAUUUCAGCCGGUUCCAAAUCGGAACUGAUCAUCAACGAAGAAAAGGAUCCUGACGUUAAGGACUUUGAUCUGAGUGGCAUCUACAGCUCGAAGGCUGACUGGGGUGCCCAGUUCCGCGCACCGUCAACGCUGCAAACGUUCGACGAGAAUGGCAGGAACGGAAAUCCGAACGGGCUUACCCGGAAGCAGGAAAUGAUGGUUCGCAGCGCCAUCAAGUAUUGGGUUGAGCGGCACAAGCACGUCGUACGACUCGUUUCGGCCAUUGGCGAUACUUACGGACCCGCCCUGCUACUGCACAUGCUGACGUCCACCAUUAAGCUAACGCUGCUCGCCUACCAGGCAACCAAAAUCGACGGUGUCAACGUGUACGGAUUGACCGUAAUCGGAUAUUUGUGCUACGCUCUGGCUCAGGUUUUCCUGUUUUGCAUCUUCGGCAAUCGUCUCAUCGAGGAGGUACGCUCUUUCCACACGUUUCAUCAUAUUUGCAUCCCAAAAGCCAUAUCAGUUCGUCACAUUUUCAUUUACCAUUUCAAUCUCGGUCUCGGGCGCUACGUCCAGAGCUCGUCCGUAAUGGAGGCGGCCUACUCGUGCCACUGGUACGAUGGUUCCGAGGAAGCAAAAACCUUCGUCCAGAUCGUAUGCCAGCAGUGCCAGAAGGCGAUGACUAUUUCCGGCGCCAAGUUUUUCACCGUUUCACUAGAUCUGUUUGCUUCGGUUCUUGGAGCCGUCGUCACCUACUUCAUGGUGUUGGUGCAGCUGAAGUAAACAAACGGGCACACAGAUUUUGUUGUUGUUGUGCACAGCUCCUUUCACACUUCUUCUGCUAUGGUUUACAAACUGUUACACCAGAACGAUGGAAUGUGUUUGUAUGUAAAAUGAUUUGUUUUUAAUGGAAUGAUACAUCUGCAGCGAGACUACGAGGAAGUAGAUUGGAUCAAGUACAAAGAGGUUGGAAUAGACCAAGGAAGAAAUUAGUGUGAUUCGCUCUCAUCAAGCACUGCAUGUGCCUUUCAAGACAUACAUUUAUAAUAGUAGUGAAACAAUAAAGAGUACAAACGUUUCUUAACGCACCUUAUACUGUUGUUUGAAUAAAGUUAUU